AUGGACAUACAGGCGCCCAAAGACAUCAAAAUACUGGAAACAGUAGACGACAUACAGGAGCGCCGGGAGACAGUGCUCGGCCGGUACGCGCAGUUCAGGUCCGACGCUAAAGACAAGAGGUCUAAGUUGGAGGACUCGCGUCGGUUCCAGUACUUCAAACGGGACGCCGACGAACUCGAGUCGUGGAUCAACGAGAAGCUGCAGACGGCCUCCGAUGAGAGCUAUAGAGACCCCACGAAUCUUCAGGCGAAGAUCCAGAAGCAUCAGGCCUUUGAGGCCGAGGUGGCCGCCCACUCCAACGCCAUCGUACAGCUCGAUAAGCAGGGCUACGAGAUGGUCGAUCAGCAACACUUCGCCACCGAUGUCAUCAAGCACCGGUUGGAUGAGUUGCACCGACUAUGGGAGCUCCUACUGUCCCGGUUGGCCGACAAGGGCCUGAAGCUACAGCAGGCGCUCGUGUUGGUGCAGUUCCUGCGCCAGUGCGACGAAGUGAUGUUCUGGAUCAACGACAAGGAGACGUUCGUGGCCACCGACGAGAUCGGCAAAGACCUCGAGCACGUGGAGCUCCUGCAGCGCAAAUUCGACGAGUUCCAGAAGGACAUGGCCUCACAGGAGUCUCGCAUAGCCGACGUCAACGAACAGGCGGAUCAGCUGAUUGGUGACCGCCACCCGGAGCUCGAGCUCGUGGUGCGCCGUAAGGACGAGCUGAACGAACGGUGGCAACGGUUGAGACAACUGACGCUCGCGAGGCAGGAGAAGCUGUUCGGCGCCCACGAGAUCCAGAGGUUUAACAGAGACGCUGAUGAGACGAUCGCGUGGAUCACCGAAAAGGACGCCGUCCUCUCGUCCGACGAUUACGGCAGGGAUUUGGUGUCCGUUCAGACCCUACAGCGAAAACAUGAGGGCAUUGAACGCGAUUUGGCGGCCCUUUCGGACAAAGUGGACACUUUGGGUCAGGAGGCGGGCCGCCUGUGCGGCAUACACGAGGAUCUGGCCGACCAGACCCGCGCCAAGCACUCGGAGAUUGUCACCACAUGGGAACAGCUGAAGUCGAAGGCGCUGGAGAGACGCCGCCGUCUGGACGAGUCGUAUCUGUUGCACCAGUUUUUGGCCGACUUUCGGGACCUGAUAUCGUGGGUCCACGACAUGAAAGCCAUUAUCUCGGCCGACGAGUUGGCGAAAGACGUGGCCGGCGCUGAGGCGCUCCUGGAAAGGCAUCAGGUAUUGACACUUAGCACUCGUUUUCACGCCAAACCAUUCGCUCUAAUCCCUGUCCACUCGCAUCAGGAACACUGGGGUGAGAUCGACGCCCGGGCCGACAGCUUCCGCGUGACCGGUGAGGCCGGCCAUCGACUCCUGGAGCAGAAUAUCUCUCGAGACGAAGUGAACGAAAAGCUGAUCCAAUUGUCUAACGAGAAGCAGUCGCUGACCGCGCUCUGGGAAGACCGGCGCAUACUAUACGAGCAGUGCAUGGAUUUGCAGCUGUUCUACAGGGACACCGAACAGGCGGACACCUGGAUGGCCAAACAGGAGGCCUUCCUGGCCAACGAGGACUUGGGUGACUCACUCGACUCGGUGGAGGCGCUCAUCAAAAAGCACGAGGACUUCGAGAAGUCGUUGGCGGCUCAGGAGGAGAAGAUCAAGGCGUUGGACGAGUUCGCCACCAAACUCAUCGAAGGCCAGCACUACGCCACCGACGACGUGGCGCAGAGGCGACAGGCGCUGCUCGAGCGCCGGAACGCCCUUUUGGAGAGGUCAGCCACGCGGCGGGCGAUGCUCGAGGACUCCUACCGGUUGCAGCAGUUCGAGAGGGACGGCGACGAGACGAAGGGCUGGAUCACGGAGAAGCUGAAGACGGCCAGCGAUGAGUCGUAUUUGGAUCCGACGAAUCUGAACGGAAAGCUCCAGAAGCACGAGAACUUCCAGCAGGAGCUGAACGCCAAUAAGUCGCGCAUCGAUGAGGUGACGACUGUCGGUAAAGAGCUGAUCGAUGGCCGCCAUUACGCGGCGCCGAAGAUCGAGGAGAGGAUUACGCAGAUAUCGGAGCUCUGGAGGUCGUUGGUGGAGGCGGCCGACGGUAAGGGCGCCAAGUUGGCGGAGGCGGCGGCGCAGCAACAGUUCAAUCGCGGUGUUGAGGACAUCGAGCUUUGGCUGACGGAGAUCGAGGGUCAACUCGGGUCCGAGGAUUACGGCCGCGACUUGACGUCUGUGCAGAAUCUGCUCAAAAAGCAGGCGCUCCUCGAGGCGGACGUACUGUCACAUCAGGACAGAGUGGACGGUGUGGUGAUUCAGGCGAACCAGUUCGUAGAGGGCGGCCAUUUCGACGCCGACGCCAUCAAAGCGAAACAGUCGGCGCUCAUCGAGCGCUAUAAGACGCUGCAGCAGCCGAUUAAGGCGCGCAGGGAUCGCCUGAACGACGCCCUACGGGUGCAGCAGUUGUUCCGCGACAUCGAGGACGAGGAGAGUUGGAUCCGCGAGAAGGAGCCGAUCGCCGCCUCCACCAAUAGGGGACGCGAUCUAAUUGGCGUCCAGAACCUGAUUAAGAAACACCAGGCGGUGUUGGCGGAGAUCCAUAACCACGAGCACCGCAUACGCAGUGUGUGCGACGCCGCCGAGGAUAUGAUACGCGAGGGACACUUCGCCGUCGACGAGAUCCAGACCCGUGUGUACGGACUGAACGAUAGGUGGCAUUCGCUGAAGGAUAAGGCGAAUCAACGCAAACAGGAUUUGGAGGACUCCCUGCAGGCGCACCAGUACUUCGCCGACGCCAAUGAGGCCGAGUCCUGGAUGAAAGAAAAGGAGCCGAUUGUGGGUUCGUAUGACUUCGGCAAAGACGAGGACUCGACGGAGGCGUUGCUUAAGAAACACGAGGCGCUGAUGGCCGACUUGGACGCCUUCAGCAAUACAAUACAGGCGCUGAGGGCGCAGUCGAGGAACUGUCGCCAACAGGAACAGCCGGCCGCCGGCGACCAGGCGGGCAAAGAGUGCGUUAUGGCUCUGUAUGACUACACCGAGAAGUCGCCCCGAGAGGUGUCUAUGAAAAAGGGCGACGUAUUGACCCUUUUGAACAGCAAUAACAAGGACUGGUGGAAAGUGGAGGUGAAUGACCGCCAGGGGUUCGUACCGGCGGCCUAUGUCAAGAAGAUCGAGGCGGUGCUCAGCGCCAGUCAACAGCAUUUGGCCGAUCAGAACAGUAUAGGCGCCCGACAGGGACAGAUCGAGGCCCAGUACGACAACCUACUGGCGCUCGGAAGGGAACGUAAGGCCAAAUUGGAGGAGUCGUGCAAAGCGUACCAAUUGGUGAGAGAGGCGGCAGAGUUGGCGCAAUGGAUCAAAGACAAGGAACAGGUAGCUCAGGUGCACGAAGUGGGCGACGACUUGGAACAGGUGGAGGUCCUCCAGAAGAAGUUCGACGACUUCAUGGGCGACCUGCGGGCCAAUGAGGUCCGCUUGGCUGAGAUGAACGAGAUUGCGACCCAACUGUCCUCAUUGGGCCAGACGGAGGCUGCGGUUAAGAUCACGCAACAGGUGGAUGAGCUGAACCAGAAGUGGACACACCUUCAGGAGGUGACGCAGGAGAGGGCCACGCAGUUGGGGUCGGCCCACGAGGUGCAGCGCUUUCACAGAGACGUCGACGAGACGAAGGACUGGAUUCAGGAGAAGGACGAGGCGUUGAGUAACGACGACUACGGCCACGACCUGCGGUCGGUGCAGACCCUACAGCGCAAACACGAGGGACUGGAACGGGAUUUGGCGGCACUCGGAGAUAAGAUCAAGCAGUUGGAUGAGACGGCCCGUCGGCUCAUGCAAUCGCACCCGGAGUCCGCCGAACAGACGUACGAAAAGCAACGCGAGAUCAAUGAGGACUGGAGCCAACUGACGGCUAAGGCGAACGCCCGGAAGGAGAAGCUCUUGGAUUCGUACGAUUUGCAGACAUUUUUGACCGAUUAUCGCGAUCUCAUGUCUUGGAUCAACUCGAUGAUGACUCUGGUGUCCAGCGACGAGAUGGCCACUGACGUGACCGGCGCCGAGGCGCUGCUGGAAAGGCAUCAGGAGCACCGGACGGAGAUCGACGCCCGCACCGGCACUUUCCAACAGUUCGAGGUAUUCGGCCAACACUUGCUUCAGUCGGGACACUACGCGUCGCCCGAAGUGCAGGAAAAGUUGAAUCAAAUGCAAAGAGCGCGCGAAGAGCUGGAGAGGGCGUGGAUCGGCCGGCGCUCGAAACUCGACCAAUGCCUCGAACUGCAGCUCUUCUACCGCGACUGCGAACAGGCGGAGAACUGGAUGGCCAGUCGCGAGGCCUUCCUGUCCAGCGACGACAUGGGCGGCGAUAACGUGGAGUCGCUCAUCAAAAAGCACGAGGACUUCGAUAAAGCGAUCAGCGCUCAGGAGGAGAAGAUCGGAGCCCUAACGGGUUUGGCUCAGCAGCUGAUUGACGGCGAGCACUAUGCGGCGCCGGCUAUCGACGACAAGAAGGAGCAGGUGCUGAACCGGUGGCGCCAUUUGAAGGACGCGCUCAUCGAGAAGAGGUCCAAAUUAGGCGAAUCGCAGACUUUGCAGCAGUUCUCGAGGGAUGCGGACGAAGUGGAGAACUGGAUCGCCGAGAAGCUCCAGAUGGCGAUGGAUGAGAGCUAUAAGGAUCCCGCGAACAUUCAGUCCAAGCACCAGAAGCAUCAGGCAUUUGAGGCGGAAUUGGCGGCCAAUAAGGAUCGCAUUCAGUCGGUGCUGGCGAUGGGCGACAAUCUGAUCCGUAACCGCAAGUGCGCGGGCAGUGAGGAGGCCGUCCAGNCACAAUUUUCCACAAACCGUGAGCAGAGUGGACACGGAUGA